GGCAAGUGAAGCCCAGAAGCUUUGACAUCACACUAAGCUCCUCCUUGCACGCACACAUUAUACACACACACAAACAUAUACAGACACUCAUACACACACACACACGGACCGCGUAACUCCACUCUUCUCACUCGCUCCCAUUCUCCCUGAGCCGACCCCUCCCGCGGCAAGUGUGUGUCUCGGCACAGCCAUCAGCCAGGCCAGGAGCGCACGCCAGCUGCCCCAGCGAACCGGCGCGCAGUGGGGGCGGCCGCCAGGGCUGCGGCCGGACCCGCUCACCCCGGCGCUCGGCUGCGGCGGCUGGGACACUCCGCCUGCGAGCGGCCGCGCCCGCCCCCGCCGGGGCCGGAGCGGGCAGAGCUGCCACCCCGCACGCUCCUGGGCCCCCUGCCACCCCAUGAGAGAAGAAGCCGGCCGAAGGAGCAGGACGCUUGGCAGCUGGACUCCUCCGCAAGCCGAAGCGCCCCCUCCUUUCUCACCCCCAGCGCUCCCGAGAAGCAAGAUGCAACCGCCGCGCUUCGGCUAAGAGGCGAAGGGGCCGGCGCCACCCGCUCGCCCGGAAUCUGGUCCCCGAGGCGGCUGCGCGUCCCAGCCGCGGCCCCACGGGCCCGGGAGUGAGCAGUAGCAGCAGCAGCUGGAGAAGCGGCCGGCCCGGGGUUGGCCCGGGCUGGGGAGGAGGGACGGGGCGGGAGGAGGGCGCGGGGGGCGGGGAGGGGGCCCCGGCGGAUAAAGAUGGCAAUGUCUCUCAUCCAAGCGUGCCGCAGUCUGGCUCUCUCAACAUGGCUGCUUUCCUUUUGUUUCGUGCAUCUGCUCUGCCUGGACUUCACCGUGGCCGAGAAGGAGGAAUGGUAUACCGCCUUCGUGAACAUCACCUACGCCGAACCCGCGCCGGACCCCGGGGCCGGGGCUGCGGGCGGCGGCGGCGCCGAGCUGCACACGGAGAAGACCGAGUGCGGGCGCUACGGGGAGCACUCGCCCAAGCAGGACGCCCGCGGGGAGGUGGUCAUGGCCAGCUCGGCCCACGAUCGCCUGGCUUGCGACCCCAACACCAAGUUCGCCGCGCCGACCCACGGCAAGAACUGGAUAGCCCUCAUCCCCAAGGGCAACUGCACGUACAGGGAUAAGAUCCGGAACGCGUUCCUGCAGAACGCCUCCGCUGUGGUUAUCUUCAACGCGGGCUCCAACACCAACGAGACCAUCACCAUGCCCCACGCAGGUGUCGAAGACAUCGUGGCCAUUAUGAUUCCUGAGCCAAAGGGGAAGGAGAUCGUGAGCCUGCUGGAAAGGAACGUCACCGUGACCAUGUACAUCACCAUUGGGACCCGGAACUUGCAGAAAUAUGUGAGCCGUACUUCGGUUGUGUUCGUCUCCAUCUCCUUCAUUGUCCUGAUGAUCAUUUCCCUCGCAUGGCUGGUCUUUUAUUAUAUCCAGAGGUUUCGAUAUGCAAAUGCCAGGGACAGGAACCAGCGCCGACUGGGAGAUGCAGCAAAGAAAGCCAUCAGCAAGCUCCAGGUCAGGACCAUCAAGAAGGGUGACAAGGAAACAGAGCCGGAUUUUGACAACUGUGCAGUUUGUAUUGAAGGAUACAAGCCCAACGACGUGGUCAGGAUCCUGCCCUGCCGGCAUCUUUUCCACAAGUCCUGUGUUGACCCCUGGCUUCUAGACCAUCGCACCUGCCCCAUGUGCAAGAUGAACAUUCUUAAAGCCCUAGGGAUCCCGCCCAAUGCUGACUGCAUGGACGACCUACCCACUGACUUCGAGGGCUCUCUGGGGGGUCCACCAACCAACCAGAUCACAGGCGCAAGCGACACAACAGUGAACGAAAGUUCAGUCACCUUGGACCCUGCUGUCCGGACUGUGGGAGCCCUGCAGGUGGUCCAGGAUGCAGACCCCACGCCCCAGGAGGGAGAAGCCAUCUUCACCACCAACAGUGAGCAGGAGCCGGCUGGAAGCAGCGACUCUGACAUCUCCUUGAUUAUGGCAAUGGAGGUGGGACUGUCCGAUGUAGAACUUUCCACCGACCAAGACUGCGAAGAGGUGAAAUCUUGAAAUGGCGGACAUAGAAAAGAGGAGGUAGUAGGACCUAAGGGGAUGAGUGCUCCCAUACGUGGACCGGGCACACACCUUCAGACACUCGGCAACCCCAGGGCGCUCUGCUCCGUCCAAGAAUGAUAACGAAAGCAAUACCCAAAGUCUCCUUAAUCAGGAUGCUGUUGCAUCUCCAGGACAGUCUUUGUCCUUGAUUGACAGUGUGGAAGUUGAAGGCUGAUUCUUCCCUCCCGUGUCCUUGUAGGCGUACACUUCAAAAGCUCCUAAAGUAGAGAACGAAAGGAAACCUUUAGGGUUUCUUAGUUUUAAUUCAAUUUUUCCAAGUCUUAUUGUCCUUGUUUUUCAAAGAUUGAUUUCUUUGGUGAUUUCUUUGUAAAGACUGUGUGUAGUUUACAUCUACUCGGGUGUUUUGUUUUUGUUUUGUUGUUUUUUUCCCUUUGAUUCACUCCAGCUCUCAUGAAGAGAAGCACCAGUUUGGAAGCACCAGUUCCUGUUAGGACUGGUUGCUAUUACAUCCCUGAGACUUCUGGUCUCGACCUCUCAGCAUGAACUGUGCAUGGCUUUGAGAAGUGCCUCAGCACCCGGAAACAGCAGGAGGCCAGCUUUCUUAAGAAUCUAAAUUCUUUUAAGUGGGUCUUGAAAAUCCCAGCUGCCAGAGACCCCCCAACACUAAGUUCUAACUCUGCUGAAGUCGCUGCUCACUAUUUUAGGGAACAUCACAGUGGCCCCCACUUUCUGGGUUCUGCCAAGGGCCAUAUGAGAAAGGGGCUCCAUGGAGGUACACCCAGGGUUUAGAGUCUUUGGCUGAAAUUCUGAAAUCAGAAGUCCCCUCCAAGGCAUGCAGCUGCUUAUGAGACUGCAGACCUAAAUUGAAAACCCAAGACCACGCAUUCUUUCCAUUGAAACCAAAAUGCCCUUUGUACUGGUUUCCCCAAGGUUAGAGCAAGCAGUCAGCUCCUUAGGUGGGUUCUGCAGGGGAUGGAAGCUUUAGAAAAAACUCAAUCAUCUUUAAGCCCAGUGGUCAAUACAGUGGGGGGCUGCAGUAGCACCUGGAUUGUACCUUACUGCCUAUACCCUUCUGUUAACCUCACCAGACCACAUGGAAGGAUUGAGGAGAAUCCUCAGUAGAUAACCUUCCCAGGGGUCCCCUGAGAGCAUGCAGAUACCAAGUAAGGAAUGAGGUGUCCCUUGAUAAAUCAUUUGAACCAAAAAAGUACUGCAUAGGAAUUUGCUAAAUCAAGCUAAUCCUGAUUAAGAAAGACAAAUAAAUGGGAGAGAAAAAAGGGGUAUCCAAUGAGUUCUAAAAUCCACCUGUGUUUUUAAAAUGUUUGCUUCUUCUUUUUUUUUUUGUAACUAUGAUAGAAAUGUGCUAUUUUUCCAGUGGGUGAUUUUGUAACGUAUUCAGACUAUCCAUAAUGCAGAGAUGACAGGCAGUGACCUGUGUCCCCAGACAAUCAGAUGGGCCACCUUAUCAUCUCUAAGCAACUGACAAUGUCCAUGCUGCUGCUUAGACUAGCUACAAAGGAGAGCUUUUUCUCACUGAGCUGUAUUUUCCUAUCGAUGAGAGCUUUUACACCUCAUUGUGCUACCACUCACUGAAACACAGAACGUGGUCCUGCUGUCCACCCUCGCUGUCGGCUUCAGUGUGGAGUGCAGGUGGAGGAAUACCUGCCCUCCUUUUUCCACCACCUUUAAUGAUUUUCCAUCUGGUGGUUUCUAAGUAGGCAGCAAGCAGGGAAAAUGAUGCCCACCUUCAGGCAGGCAUAUGUCCCUAUAUUUUAUUUAACCCAACACUUCCUGUUGUAAAAGGCAGCCUCUAGGGGUAGGGAAAGCAGGCAGGAAGAAAUGAGGAGAGCGCCAACUCAGGGGACAGGAGUCCUUGACCAGCUACCCCCUUGUGAGGCCCUGGCUACUCCACCUGUUGAGUGAAGAGUGUUGCGGGAUAAUUCCCAAAGCUCCUUCCAGCUUUAGGAUCCCAUUGAGUACUUGGCCAGUGGGAUCCAUUUUUAGCUAUGUCUUUAAGCAACUAGGCUUUAUAGCUAGGGAAGACAUAGUGACUUGUCACAUGUAAUAACAGCCUUUGAGAUUGGGUACUCCUGUGUGGUUGAGAAAAAGGUAUAAAUGGUAUAAGUUUCAAAACCAAGAGAAGUUGGUUUGUUCUGCCUCGUUCCGGAACUAUUGCUAGUCACAUAGUUCUCAAUCUCUGGAUACCUUUGAAGCCUCAUUCUCCCUGUGGAAUUCCUAAUCUCAGUGAUGUUUAUUUUUCUUUUUCGACCUGCAUCACCUGUUCUUCUGUCAGUAAGCUGUGCCCGCAAAACUUUGGUAUUAACUUAAAUAUAGAGGAAUUAGGGUAGGUCAGCAACAACAGGAAUAUUACUGUAUUCUAUACCCAGAGAGAAAAUGACCUUAGCCUGUAUAGUCCUCUGAUGAGUAUUUUCUCUUCCUACCAAUGAUCAGGUAAAUCAAAAUUUGGUUGCAUAUGCAAUUCCUGGCUACAGCCACCCCUACAGAAUAGGGGUGGAUGAUAUGGGAACCCAGAAGCCCAUCCAAGGCUUGUGGGUCCAACCUCUAAGAGAUUCUGCUGCAAACACCCCAAGCCUGUGAGAUUUUCCAAUUAUCAGAAGGUUUUGAAGGGCUUUCCCUGUGGUCUUGGUAAUUAAAAAAAAAAAAAAAUUUAACCAGAAAAUUUGUCUUUCAAAAGAAAUGACAAAAGUCCUUGCUGGUAGCCUUCUUUACUGCCUCCCCCAAAUA